AGCGGAUCCCUCGUUGUGCUUUUCCUUCUCCCCAGAUAAGCCCGGAGGCGGCGACCGUUGCUAAGGGGAGGGAAAAGCGUCACGUGACAGAUUUCAAAUGAAAGAAAUGGCCAAGGCCGGGAGCCGCGGAGUGGAGAGAUGGCGUUUUCCCCCUGGAGGGCAGCCGGCAACCGAAGGCGAGCCGACAGGACUGUUAGAAAAAAUGUCGUUCCAGGAACACACAGAAACAUCCUCAGUAUUCUUUAAGAAUGGAGUCAGGGAACGGAUGAAAGAAAAGAAAAAUGGAGUAUUAAAAACAGCAAAGAUGAAUGCUUCCCUCGCAUCAAAGAUUAGAACAAGAGCAAUUAAUAAUUCCUCUAUAAUUAAGGUCUCCCUGAAACAGAACAACAAAGCGUUGGCUCUGGCUCUCAAUGCUGCCAAGAUAACAGCUCAGAAACUUACGGAUGACAAGAUGCUGCUGCAGAAAGAAGUGGAGUUGGGUCACUUUGAAAAUGCUUGCUUACGCCAAAAACUCUCCUCUGUGAAAAAAUAUAUUGAUGAACUGCAACUCUUUAUGAACAGCCGUUUUCAAACUGCAAUCAAGCUGACCAGAUUUUCUGAGAGUGAUUCCUAUUCUUCAUUGCUGGAUGAAAGAGGGCACAGUGAUACUCAUGAUAUUUCUCGCAGUCAGGAUGAUAACAACUGUCCUAGAGUGGCACCAAAAUCAAUGAGAAUUCCACUGUCUCAGGUGGAUGAUGAAGGAAGUGGCAAUGGCAGAAAUACACCCACCAGUUUGGAGAAAUUUCCUUUAGAUCCAUUGAAAUCUGCUUUUGAUGAGACUUGGAGAAGUAUGCCUUUCCCUGAGGUAAAGAAGUCGCUCUCUUCUUUCACUGACAAAUUAUCGGCAAGCAGUGGAAAUAGUGAUUCAAGGUUACAUGGAGUGGAUGUCUCUACUUUGGCAUUUAAUUCAAACACAAUUUUUGGAGACAACCUUUGGAAUGUGCCACAGAAUUCCAGGAGUUGCUCACUAUCUAUCCUGGAUAACAAUUAUCCUGUCCAGCAAUGUGAGGAUACUACAAGACCACACAGUGAUAGUAUAUUGAGUGAACAUGUGACUAAGAGAAAAAAACGUAAAACAGGUUUUCCUGCUACAUUUGGAAACAACUUAGAGGCAGAAGUCUCAGACAUUGAUAAGCUGCAGGUGACAAAGGAAACAGAGUCUCUUGUUAAAGAGAAUCUUGAAAUCAGUCAUGUUGGUGAACUUAUUACAUUGAGCACCAAAAGAGAAAGCUGUAUAAAGAUCAAUGCCAAGGAAACAAAAACUCUAGAAAAUGAUAAUGCUGAAACAAAGAACACAAUGUUUUCUACCAGUCAAUCAAAAUUAAACUUGAAUAAUGGUAAUAACCGAAGACCGGAUAUUAAUGUUACAGUGUCAAAAACCAGUGAACUGAACAGUAGUAAGAUAAAACCUCCUAUGUCUGCCUGUCAUGUGGAAAAUUCAGAUCAUGAUAGGAAGGAGAAACGUAGUUCCCAACAUUUAGGCCAAACAACACGAAACAGAAAAACCUUUGUGAUAGAGCCAAAUCGUGUAAAUAAUUACACAACUCAAGAAAUUGAAAAAGGAAUAUUCUUGGAAAAAAUGAAGAAUUUGGAAAAUCAAUCCCAAUGUCCAGAGUCUAGAUCAUUAAGCAAUGAAAUUCAACAAAAUGAGAAAAGCUGUAGUUAUAGUACAAAAUGCCUUAAUAAAACCAAAAAUUAUAGAAGAACCAUUGUGCUAGAUCCAGGGCCUUCCAAUGAUAGGAACAGUUGUACUUCUUUUCAACAUGAUAUUAAAAAAAAGACAGACUUGGAAAACUUAGAUAGUUUAGGAAGAUGGGUCCAGAGUCCAGAAUCUAAUUCAUUAAACAUUGUGAAUACAGAAGAUUCAGUUGCUUUCCAGAAGCAAGUUCCUAAUCAAGAAGCAAUUUCAGGACUGAAUGUAAAGCGUAAAUCAAAGAGGAAGGUGCAUGAAAAUAAUGGAUCCCAUAGAUUAAGUGAGAUGGAAGAACAGAGUUUAGAUAAUAUAGAUUAUGAACUUCCACAAUCAGAAAUUAAAAAGAAAAAGCAUAGAGAUAAAACAAUGAAUUUCGAUAGGGAUAUCGUACAGAAAGGACAUUCCAAAGCCAAUGCUGAUGUGUUUGAUUUGAAUGAGAAAGCUCAAAAAGUCAGUAGAAAAAAGAAAAAAUCAAAAUGUACGCCAUCUGUACUUUCAGUUUCUUUGGGUGAUGAGGAUAACUUUUUUGAAGGAAGUAAUAGUUCAGUCAAAAAGAACUGGGAAACCUCAACCACCCCAAACAGUUGUUCUUUAACUAAAAAAAGUAGCCAUUUAGAGAAGGCAAACUGGAUGACCAUCAGCAAUGAGGCUGGCUUAAAAAAAAAAAUGCCAACAUUUGGCAAGAAAACAGGCAUUGUAAAUGAUUUGGGUAACAACGGUACUGAUUCUGAACCAUUCCUUCAAGGUCCAGAGGAUUGUGAAAUCACUCAAACCAAGCAGACAAAAUGGAGUUUUCUCCAAGUUGCAGACUGCAGCGCUUUGCAAAAGCCAAUUGUGGAUAUUACCAAGACCUUGUCUCUAAAUCCCGAUUCUCCUUCAGUUGGCCUUUCUAAAAGCUCUAGGUAUGUUGAAGUCCAAAAAAGCCCAGAAAGAGAUUGUGCUUUGUCAAUAAUCUCAGCUGUCUUCAAGGAAAAUAUUAAGCAACUUGAGAUUUCUGGAAGAGAAGAGAAGCAGCCCAUACAAGCCAUUGCAAAAACAAGUGCAGAAAAUGCAGUCCUACAAGAAAAUGGUGAGUAUUAGAAGGCUGGAGACAAAUGAAAUUGAUGGUUUAUAGCAGUGGUUCUCAACCUGUGGGUCGGGACCCCAUUUGGGGUCGAAUGAC